AUGCCAACCUUACCUGAAGACAAGGGACAAUCAAAAGAGGCACAACACAGCAGUUCUCCUCCAGCCAAAGACACUACUGUUGAAGGGACAGCAUGCAGUACUCCUUCUAUUGUUCUUCCAGAGAAUGCUGUUACGCCAGAUGUAGAAAUUGAUAAAAAUCUGGUUAACAGGCCCCGUAGUCCUCAUAGAAGACAUUCUAACCGUGCCUCUAGGAAUUCAACAAGUUCAUUGACUUCUGUUGACAACAGCGGUCAUGUGAUUGAUCUGGUAAAUGAUCAGCUACCAGAUGUCAAAAUAUCAGAGGAAGACAAAAAGAAGAAUCUUGAAUUGCUAGAAGAAGCAAAGAAAGUGAGUGAGAGGUUUCUAACACGCAGAGGCAGAAAGUCGAGAAGCAGCCUUCCGGAGUCACCCACAGCAGUUUCACCUACACUUAGUCCUAAAGUUUCACCAGUAGCAUCUCGGAACAACUCUCUCACUCUUCCAGUUCCAUCAGGGUCUGAUGUAUGCACAACCACUGGUGUUGAGUCUGUAUCUCCAGGGCAGAACAACAGAACUGUGAAAGAGGAUGACAGGCAAACUGCAGAGAAUGCCACAAAAGAAUUAAUUGAUCGAAGGCAGCAUGAUCAAAGAAAGAUUUCUCAGGGAAGGUUGGUUCCUCGUUCUGCUGGUUUUGAAAACUCCAAAGAAAAGCUGUCAGAACAAAAAGAAAACUUUGAUCCACGUAAACAUAUGGAUACUUCACCAAAAUCCUCCCCCUCAGGUAGUGAUGGUGGCAGAAUGUCUCUUAACACUUGCAUGAAUGUUUGUGAAAAUGAACUUGGAAAAUCAUUCCUCAAGAAAGGAAAAGAAAAUGAUAUUCCUUUAAAAACCCAUCUACCAGGACCAGGAAUAGGAAAUACAGACUCAAAGCUAAAAAUUCCUGUUCCAGAAAUGAGGGACCAUAAAGUUUUAUGUAAACCAGAAUUUAAAUUGUGUGGACUGCGUCCUCCUCUGCUGAGGGCUGUAUCAUGGGAUAGCUUGGAGCCUGGACAGAAAGAUAAAACGCCUUUAAAAUUACCAUCUGAGGAAGAUAAAAGCUUUGGUUUUGGAAGUAAAUCGAGCAAUCAAUUAAAAGCAUUCAAAGACCUUCAAAUCCAAGUGCAACCAGUUCGAAUGCAGAAAUUGACAAAGCUCAGAGAGGAGCAUAUUUUGAUGAGAAAUCAAAAUUUAGUUGGACUUAAACUUCCUGAACUUAGUGAAGCAGCUGAACAGGAAAAAGGCCCUUCACCUCUCCUCUCCCCCACUGAAGAGGAAGAGACAAAGAAUAGCUCUGAUGUCAUGCCCAGCAUUCCUGAUGUAUUGCUGCGAAAACUACGAGUGCACAAAUCGCUUCCAGGAAGCUCCCCUGCACUUACUGAAAAAGAAGUCGAAAAUGUAUUUGUACAACUUUCCUUGGCCUUUAGAAAUGAUAGUUAUACCUUGGAAUCUAGAAUUAACCAAGCAGAGAGAGAGAGAAAUCUUACUGAAGAGAAUGCUGAGAAGGAACUGGAAAACUUUAAAGCAGCCAUUACGUCUUCAGCUCACUUGUGGCAUCACUAUGAACACAGAGAAGCUUACCAGAAGCUACUGGAGGAUAUUGCUGUUCUGCGGCGUUUAGCUGCCAGACUGUCUAGUCGUGCUGAGAUGGUUGGAGCUGUUCGCCAGGAGAAGCGUAUGUCAAAGGCAACAGAAGUAAUGAUGCAGUAUGUAGAAAAUCUGAAAAGAACAUAUGAAAAGGAUCAUGCUGAACUAAUGGAGUUCAAGAAACUUGCCAAUCAGAAUUCUAGCAGAAGCUAUGGUGCAUCUGAAGAUGGAGUACCUCGUUCAUCUAGAUCCAUGUCACUUACUGUUGGAAAGAAUAUGCCUCGGAGGAGAGUCAGUGUUGCUGUUGUUCCUAAAUUUAACUCCUUAAACAUUCCUGGUCAGUCACCAGCAGCUUCACCUAUACCUUCAAUGCCAUCCCUGUCUGAAUCACCUAGUAAUGGAAGGAGCAAUCAAACAACUACUCCUGUUCUGCCAGCACUUUUAGAAAAUGGUAAGCCUAAUGGAGAGCCUGACUGUGAAACCUCUGCUUCUGUGCUGACACAGAGUGUGUUGGAAGAAAUCAGUCCUGAAGCUAAAGCCAAGAUAGAAGAGGAAGCAUAUAACAAAGGCUAUCAGGAAGGCUUGAAGAAAACCAAAGAACUUCAGGAACUGAAGGAAGAAGAUGAAGAGACACCAAAGGAAAGUCAUGAUGAACAUGAAGAAAGUGAAAAUGAAGAUGAGAUAAAAGACCUGAAAAGCAGCAGACUUGAAGUCAUCAUUAAUUAUUUACAUAUACUGUACCCCAAACUGUGUAAACACUGGAAUGUGAUAUGGCUCGUAGUGGCUGCGAUAAUCGUAUUUGCUGUGAUGUUGGGGAUCUACCAUUCAUACAACUCCUGUGAUGAAAAAUCAGAGGGACCUGAAGGGAAGGCCAGCUGUUCUGCUGCCCAGCAGUAUUCCUGGUGGAACUCAGGAUUCCAACAUGAGCAACGCACUGAAUAG